GUGAUUUUCUUCGCCGGCCGGUGGUGUCGUCUAUGUCUCAGCGGGUUGUUUACAGCAUUAAAUACUUCAUUUAGGAUGCCAGUUCACCCGCGCGAUAGAAAAGAGAAUAACCACGAGGAAAUGGACGUGGAUUAUCCCGAACAAGAGGCCAGCAGCUCCGACGAGGAGGACUCUGUGAGCUCGACUGCGUCUGAGGAUGGAGACACUUCAGACAUGGACGAUGAAGACUGUGAAAGAAGACGAAUGGAGUGUUUAGAUGAGAUGACAAACCUUGAGAAGCAGUUCACAGACCUGAAGGAUCAGUUGUAUAAAGAGAGACUGAGUCAGGUGGAUCUUAAAUUGCAAGAAGUGAUCGCCGGCAGUGCUCCAGAAUACCUGGAGCCCCUGGCCACCCUGCAGGAGAACAUGCAGAUCCGGACCAAAGUCGCAGGGAUCUACCGUGAGCUUUGCCUGGAAUCUGUUAGAAACAAAUAUGACUGCGAGAUGCAAGCCGCCAGCCAGCACUGGGAGAGUGAGAAGCUCCUGCUUUUCGACACGGUCCAGAGCGAACUGGAAGAGAAGAUCAGGCGGCUGGAGGAGGACAGACACAGCAUCGAUAUAACUUCAGAACUGUGGAACGAUGGUCUGCAGUCUAGGAAGAACAAAAAGAAGGAUCCCCUCAGUUCUGGAAAGAAGAAGAAACCUGUCGUCGUGUCAGGACCAUACAUUGUUUACAUGUUGCAAGACCUGGAUAUACUUGAAGACUGGACCGCCAUAAGAAAGGCAAUGGCUUCGAUGGGCCCUCAUAGAGUAAAAGCAGAUGCUCCUCUCAAACCAGAACGACACCAUCAUGUUGCCCGAUCAGAGGACGGACGCCUGUUUUAUGACAACAAGUGGUACAGCCGAGGUCAGGCCAUAUGCAUCAACAGGAAGGAUGAAUACCCCACCAGCGCCACAAUAACCACUAUUAACCACGAUGAGGUGUGGUACAAACGUCUGGAUGGCAGCAAAUCGAAGCUUUACAUCUCUCAGCUCCAGAAAGGCAAAUACACCAUAAAACACUCAUAAAGACCCUCCUCCGUUCCUCCGUUCCUCGCCGUUCUUCCGUUUGUCACCGUACCGACCCGUAGACGCCCGGAUGGACUUGGUCUUACGUGCAUGCAUCACAUGCUUGCGCCUCCUGAGUUCGAGCUGCUAAACAAACACCUGGCUGCCGAGGAAAAGACGAAGCGCGCGUGUGCCUUGACGACAAGGAUGAGCCAGCAAGAGCCUCCUCGUUCAAAGCGUAAGAGCGGCGAAGCCCCGACUCGGUGGUAUUGCUGAUCCUGAACACGGUUUCCGUGCCUUCAUGACAUGCAGAGUUUGAUUUACGGAGCAUGCCUCGGCGUCCUGCAACGAGUUAGUGCCAUGCGUCCUGUUCUGUGUCUGUGAGAUGCAUAAUGUUUAAAACGACAGAACGCUCCACGAAGUGUUAUUUUUCUACUCGUUCUAAAAACAAUAGACGAUAACUUGUGAGUUCACUCUAAGCGUCUUAUAGCGGUGUUUAGAAGAGCGUCUCGGUUUAGUGUGAACGUAACGGGGCUCGUGCGAGUCACGUAUUCGUUUCGUUUCGUAACUAUUUUCUGUUCAAAUGUAGCACAUUCUGAGCCUUCGAUCAGAUAUAUAUAUAUGAUUCAUGUCUGGCUAUAUUUCUGUUGAAUAUUGUAUUUUUUGGAUUGGCCUAAAAGAUGUCGUCUCUUACGGUUGUACUGGAGGAUGCUGUAGUAUUUAUCAGAUGUUUACAUGCAGCGUUUUUAGCACUUGAGUGGUUUGUAAUUGUGUAUCGAGUUGCAUGAUUUCACUUAUUUCAUUUUUUUUGUUUAUUACUGAUUUGAAAAUGCUUUAAUUGAUGCGUUACCAAACACUACACCGGUCCUGACAAAAGAGCCACGUCUUCCAGAAGUCAAAGAGCCUCUCAGAUGUCUGACGCAUCCAGUUCACGGCUUUCAUAAAACUCUCCUCAAACCAGUAAGGAGUCCCUCAUACAUAAGUAUUAUACGACUGAUGAUAAUUUUUGUAGCAAAUAAAGAGCUCUGACUGGGCCGUGUAAUCGCAGACUGUAAUUAUAUUGCUUUUAUUCGACGCUGGAGGUUUUGUUCGGUUCACAGUGGAAAUGUCAUUAUGUUAUAAAGGUGAUUUUGCAUGGCA